UUUCAGAGUCGUUGUAAAACCUUCUGACGUCACAAGCGUCCACUGGAAAGUUGAACAAGUUUUCCAGUUUUGGGAAAGUGUCGUCUUCGUACCCGAUUCCUACAACGUUGUUCAUGUUUCUCUAGUUCUCCAAAGGGUGGCGCCCUUGUACCACCUGACCUGUGUGAUGCCUGCAGUUCUAAGUGUUAUUCUUACAGCAUCAGGGUUCUUCUUUGAUUCUCGUCAUGCCAGCCGUUACAUUGUCGGCCUAGUAAAUUUUGGAAUAGUAACAUUUCUACUGCUUCAUCUAAGUGUAGCGCUACCUGCCGGCUCAGAAGUACCAAUUAUUGUACGAUUCUGUGGAGCUUGUAACAUCAUGGCAGUAGCUUUCUUGAUUGUUACGGUUAUCGUCAACUCCGUUGGACGAAGACAUGGAACGCCACCUACACAGAUCGUCCGUUUGUUCAGAGGAGCCUUAAGUAAACCAUUGUGUCUUCAUGUGUUUUCCAGAGAAGACUUCUCUUCGGAAAGAAAAAAUUAUGCCGAAUCGAGCGACGCAACCAAUGAGAUGGUGGAUGAUAAGUUCCAGCCUCAUCUACGCGAAGACUGGUUGUUAUUGGCUGACGGACUUGAUCGUAUAUUUUUCUGGUUGUUUAGUUUAGUGUACGUAAUCAUAUUAGCCGCAACUCUUGCAGCUUGAGUACAGCCUUGCUGUGCGUCGACAUCACGUAGUUUAGACAUGUAGUUUUUGUUGUAACGAACAAUUAUCUUGGGAGUAAAGUUAUAUCAGUUAAUUGUAGAAUUUUGAAAGCGAAAACUAACAGGAUAGUUUUCACAAUAAAAUAUUU